UGCGUGACGUCACUGACUGACAGACACAACUUCUGCUCGCUUUGCACUAUUGUGGUGGAGGUUGAUGGCGCCGUUCCGAAUCAGGUUUGAUUAAAUCUGCCCUUGUUAAACGGGCAGUGGUGCAAUAGAGCACAUCACUUUAAAAGAAGGAAGGAAUCGCAUACAGCCCAAAAUAUGAACAUAUUUCUAACCUGAGCAAACAGGAGGCGCGUCGGGAUUGACUGCAGCAUCCACCUGCAUCCCGCGGGCGCAUCAGUCUCUCUCUCUCUCUCUCUCUCUCUCUCUCUCUCUGAGUAAGCAAAAGUGUCGGGACUGAGCACCUAAAGAUUGAAAGCGAUGGCUGCCGGCGCAGGAUGCGGGGUGUCGGUCGAUCAGUACCGGGCCGAGGUGGAGAGGCUGACCCGGGAGCUUGCCGAAGCCAACCGGGAGAAGAUCCGGGCUGCGGAAUGCGGUCUAGUGGUGCUGGAGGAGAACCAGACACUCAAACAGCAAUACGCGGAGCUGGAGACCGAGCAGGAGGGUUUGAAACGGGAGCUAGAGCAACUGCAAGAGGCGUUCGGUCAGGCAUACACCAACCAGCGUAAAACAGCCGAGGAUGGCGAGACGCACGAGGAGACGUUGUUGCAGGAGUCUGCUUCCAAAGAGGCUUAUUACUUGGGACGUCUGAUGGAACUGCAGAGCCAGCUCAAUGUGAGCAGUUCCGUGGCCUCCAACGCUCAAGCCGAAACUGAUCGUCUAAACACCCUGGUGCCGGAACUUAGAGAGAACAAUGAGAUGUUGGGGUUUCAGAGGAACAGAAUGAGAGAAGAAAUCAGAGAGUAUAAAUUCAGAGAGACCAGACUCCUGCAGGACUACACUGAACUGGAGGAAGAGAACAUCACUCUACAGAAACUAGUGUCGACACUCAAACAAAAUCAGGUAGAAUUUGAGGGUUUAAAGCAUGAGAUCAAAGUUCUGGUGGAGGAGACGUCGCUCCUCAACAGCCAGCUGGAAGACGCCUUGCGUUUGAAAGACAUUUCUGGGAGCCAGUUAGACGAGGCGUUGGAUGCUCUAAAGAGCGAGAGAGAACAGAAGAACAACCUGAGGAAGGAACUAGCCCAUCAUCUCAGCCUGACAGACAGCGUGUAUGGACCCAACAACCACCUGACCAUCUCUGCUGUGGACGGGCUAAAGUUCUCAGAGGAGGCUGCGACCAAUAUCAUCUCUACCUCCGAGACUAGUCCCAACAACGAAGAUAGUAACCGAUGUAAUGAGUGCAAUGGGCACGCACUGAAGCUGAAUGGAGAAUUCCACCGAGCUGGAGGCAGGAAAGGAGAGGUGCUGCACCCCGUGUCUGAUCUCUUCAGCGAACUGAACCUGUCUGAGAUGCAGAAGCUCAAACAACAGCUCCUACAGGUGGAGAGAGAGAAGGCAUCUCUGCUUACCAACCUGCAGGAGUCACAAACGCAACUGCAGCACACGCAGGGCGCCUUAACGGAGCAGCACAUGCGUGUUCACCGCCUCACGGAGCGUGUCAACACCAUGAAGCGUCUCCACAGUGACAAGGAGUUUGACACGGAGGAAACCGAAAAAGGUGACGGGCCCUUCAACGGCUGCUGCGAUACGGACGGCAUAGAGCUCUUAGAGUGCAAGUAUCGAGUCGCCGUGACGGAGGUCAUCGACUUGAAGGCGGAGCUUAAGGCUUUAAAGGAAAAAUACAACCAGUAUGUGGAGAGCCAGUCAGAAGAGUGCAAUCGCAGCGAUGGGAAGGUCCAGGCCUUGGAAGCUCAGGUGAAGCGUUUGGAGAAAUCUUUCCGUGAGGGUCGAGAGCGGAUUAGCAACCUGGAGACGGAGCUUCGGAGUGCUUCGGGAAUGGCAAGCGAGAGUAACGGCAUGUUGAACGCAGCUCAGGAUGAGCUGGUUACGUUCAGUGAAGAACUUGCUCAGCUGUACCACCACGUCUGCUUGUGCAACAAUGAGACACCAAACCGCGUCAUGCUAGACUACUACCGUCAGAGCAGGGUCACACGUAGCGGAAGUCUCAAAGGCACGGAUGACCUGAGAGCCCUCCUUUCUCCACGAUUAGCUCGUCGUCUGGCUAAGGUCACUUCAGACCUGUCCAAGAGCCCUCAAGAGUCCCCGUCGAAGGAACCAUUGGGAGAUGGAUCCAAAGGGGAGGCAGGAAGUCAGAGUCCCAACAAAACCCCAUUUGGUUCCCCAGUCAACAGUUUGCUCUCAGCAUCCCUAAUGCUAGAGACCGGAGAUCUCCGCAAGGAGCCCAUGAAUAUCUACAACCUUAACGCCAUCAUCCGUGACCAGAUAAAACAUCUGCAGAAGGCCGUAGACCGCUCGCUCCAGUUAUCCAAGCAGAGAGCUGCAGCCCAAGAGCUGGCCCCCAUCUUGGACAAAGACAAGGAGGCCUGCAUGGAGGAAAUCUUAAAGUUCAAAUCUCUCUUAAGUACCAAAAGAGAGCAGAUUGCCACUUUGCGUCUUCUCCUUAAAGCCAAUAAACAGACUGCAGAAGUGGCUUUGUCUCACCUGAAGAGUAAAUAUGAGAAUGAGAAGGCCAUGGUGGUGGAGACAAUGAUGAAGCUAAGAAAUGAACUCAAGGCUCUCAAGGAAGACGCGGCCACCUUUUCCUCACUGAGAGCGAUGUUUGCUACAAGAUGUGAUGAGUACGUUACUCAACUCGACGAAAUGCAGAGGCAGCUGGCUGCCGCCGAAGAUGAAAAGAAGACUCUGAACUCGCUUCUCCGUAUGGCCAUUCAGCAGAAACUCGCCCUGACCCAGCGGCUUGAAGACCUGGAAUUUGACCACGAGCAGUCCAGCUGCGGCCGUGUAGGGAAGCUGCCACGACUCCGGAGAAGCCCUCAAAAAAUUGUCACCGGUCUGCUGUCUCAGUACCGCCUACCUCCCCACCACUGAGGCACGAAACCACAGGCCACAGGUAACCCGCCUUCAGAAGAACUCGCUCUUUUUUUCUCACAAGAUCUGAAAGAUCUCACACUUGUAGAAGCAUCCUUCCUACCGCACUGCAGUUUGUCACAAAUUUUCUCUUGCACGUUUCAAUAAUUCUGCAUACAGUCAUCAUAUGUUUUAACAACCACAUGCAAACAUACUAUUUUGAUGCCUCUCGUUCUGAGUUGUCAAAUAAAGACAACAGUCCUUAGUUUCAUGUUGAUGGUUAUACUUCGUCUUAAAAUUGCUUGCAUGUGUCCUUCUGUGUGAUUGUCAAGUGUCUUUUUGUUAUAAUGUUUUUGAAUGCAUUGUUUAUAAUCAUUGUUUUAUUUUCAAGAUUUGAGAAUGUUACACGAUUUACAGUCAUGUUUGCUUUUUCUUACUUUUUUAUGUUGACCUCAGUAGUCCAAAUGUGUUGUUAGCACAAGAGGACCAGACAUCUGCGGCCAUAUACAGACUUCCAUGUGACCCAUUCAAAUGUAUGGUGCAUCACUCUCCUCUUUGUGGCCCAUAGCUCCAGUCAAUCAAAAGGGAAGUCAUUGGAAACUUCUUACAUUUAUCAAUGGCCUAACCUUUCGCCACACAGAAGAUGUAUCACAGAUGGGCGUUGGUGCACAUUAUCCUUCAGCCAAUCAUCCACUUAUUCUUAUUGUAUGAUCCUUGAGGGGCCUGUCCUAAUUUCAACCUCAAACACAGAGAUCCAUGCAUUGGAUGAAUUAUUCAGUGCUUAUUGUGAAAGUAUAAGUCACCACCCAGAGUAACAUGAAAGCAAUAUGCAAAGCAAGGAGAUUCACUUAUUUAUCUAUUUAUUGUCAUAUUUAUUAACCUGUUUAUUUUAAACAAUAAGUGUUCAUUUUAAAUAAAAAAAGUUAUAUUUCA